AUGGUGUUAACGCGAUCACGUGCUGCGAGUCCCGCAUCUGCCGCGGCUGGCGUUUCGCCUGAGGGCGUAGUGCCGCCGUUGUUCCCGGCAGAGAGCGCGCCAGAGUCGACGCCGCGCGACCUGGAGGCCGCGCCGGCGCCACCACCGGCUGUAUCGAGUGACAGUGACGCUGUUAUUGCGGAUCAGGGUCACGCCCUGCCGCUGCCGCCAGCUGCAAAUCCUGCUGCGGCUUCAAUCACCAUGACCACAGAGCAGCUGCUGCUGUUGAUAAACAGGCUAAGUCCCGCAGUUCCUCGUAAUCCGGAAAACCUCCGCAACGCGCAGCUUGAUGACCCAGAGGUACAGAAGAUCAUCGCUGAUUUUGAAGACACUAAUAACCCUGAUGCAGCUGUACGCUGGACGGACAGGGGCUAUUAUCUUUCUCAAGUUGUUGAUAACCCUGGUGCCAUUAGGGGCAAGUAUCACGCCAGUGCUCUGACUCCUUACGUAGGCGAAAUGACCGCGAUCGAACAUGGGCGUCGACGUGGUCGUCCGGCCAAGUCACAGACGGGUCGUGCUAGUGACUUGGGGGGGGAGGUUAUAGCACCGCGGUCAAAUCACGCCACCUCUCGGAUUGGACGGGCUCCGGGGACGUCCCGACAAUCCGCCCGACUGCGUGCCCGUCGGAAUUCCCCCGCACCACCAGUUAGCCGCGAGCCAUUACACGAG